AUGGAAAAGAGAUGCCGGGCAGGGCAGGGAGUGAUGGGGGCUCUCCUCUGCGCCUGGACGGUGGUCCUGUUGGCCAAGGCAGAGCGGCAGUUUGUCAAUGAAUGGGCAGCCGAGAUCCCGGGAGGUCUGGAAGCAGCGCGGCUCAUAGCAGACGAACUGGACUACGAACUUCUGGGACAGAUUGGGUUACUGGAAAAUCAUUAUCUACUUAGACAUAAGAACCACCCUAGAAGAUCUCGACGAAGUGCUUCUCAUAUCACUAGACAACUCACAGAUGAUGAUCGUGUGACUUGGGCAGAACAACAGUAUGAAAAAAAGCGAACUAAGCGUUUUGAAUUAGGAGACUCAGCAGAAAAUCUAUUCAAUGACCCAAUGUGGAGCCAGCAAUGGUACCUGCAAGAUACAAGAAUCAACCGAUCUUUGCGCAAAUUGGAUCUCCAUGUCCUUCCAGUGUGGCAAAAGGGCAUCACAGGCAAAGGAGUUGUCAUAACAGUGCUCGAUGAUGGCUUGGAAUGGAAUCACACAGACAUUUACUUUAACUAUGAUCCUGAUGCAAGUUAUGAUUUCAAUGACAAUGAUCAUGAUCCAUUUCCCAGAUAUGAUCCUACUAAUGAAAAUAAACAUGGGACACGGUGUGCAGGAGAGAUUGCCAUGCAAGCAAACAAUCUAAAAUGUGGAGUUGGAGUGGCAUACAAUUCCAAAGUUGGAGGGAUCAGAAUGCUGGAUGGCAUAGUCACAGAUGCCAUUGAAGCUAGCUCAAUUGGGUUCAAUCCUGAUCAUGUGGAUAUUUACAGUGCCAGUUGGGGUCCGAAUGAUGAUGGGAAAACUGUGGAGGGACCUGGCAGACUGGCCCAAAAGGCUUUUGAAUAUGGAAUUAAAAAGGGAAGAAAAGGGAAAGGUUCCCUUUUUGUCUGGGCCUCAGGGAACGGUGGCCGCCAAGGAGAUAAUUGUGACUGUGAUGGUUACACAGACAGCAUCUACACAAUCUCCAUCAGCAGUGCUUCUCAACAAGGCCAUUCUCCUUGGUAUGCAGAGAAGUGUUCCUCAACACUGGCCACAGCAUACAGCAGUGGGGACUAUUCUGACCAGAAAAUUAUAAGUGCAGACCUACACAAUGAAUGCACAGCCACUCACACGGGGACCUCUGCAUCUGCUCCUUUAGCUGCAGGGAUUUUUGCUCUAGCCCUAGAAGCAAAUCCUAAUCUAACCUGGAGGGAUGUGCAACAUUUGGUAGUCUGGACAUCUGAAUUCGAUCCACUGGCCAACAAUCCAGGAUGGAAGAAGAACGGAGCUGGGCUGAUGGUGAACAGCCGAUUUGGAUUUGGAUUACUCAAUGCUAAAGCACUGGUAGAUUUGGCUGAUCCCAAAAGCUGGAAAGGAGUGCCAGAAAAGAAAGAAUGCAUAGUUAAGGACAGUGACUUUCAGCCGAGGUUAUUAAAAUCUAGUGGUGAAGUUACCAUUGAAAUUCCUACCACAGCUUGUGAAGGCCAAGAAAAUGCCAUUAAAUCCUUGGAACAUGUACAGUUUGAAGCAACAAUUGAAUAUUCCCGCAGGGGUGACCUUCAUGUGACCCUGACUUCCCCAUCAGGGACAAAAACAGUCUUACUGGCUGAACGACAAAGAGAUAAAUCACCCUAUGGUUUUAAGGACUGGGAUUUUAUGUCAGUUCACACCUGGGGCGAGGAUCCAACAGGAACAUGGAUUUUAAAAAUAAUUGAUACGUCUACAAGAAUACAAAAUGAAGGCAGGAUUGUGAACUGGAAAUUGAUUCUGCAUGGCACUUCUACACGACCUGAACAUAUGAAGCAACCUCGCAUCUAUACAUCAUACAACACUGUCCAAAAUGACAGAAGAGGGGUAGAAAAGAUGAUAGAUUCUUUGGAGGACCAUACCACCCAAGAAAACCUGAGUGACAAAUACAAAGUGAGAGGAAGCAAACAGCAGAACCAAGAUGUGGUUCCCUCUGAUGCAAUGCUCCGUUUACUCCAAAAUGCAUUCCGUAGUCAGCUGGUUGGGAAUCAUUUGCCGAAGAAGAUGCUAAAUGAAAACACAGAUAUUCCAUAUGAACAUUUCUAUCAAGCUCUCGAGAAACUAAACCAAGGCCCGCAGCUGAGAGACUCAGAAGAGUCUCUAUAUAGUGACUAUGUUGACCUUUUUUACAAUUCAAAAUCAUAUAAACACAGGGAUGACAGACUACUUCAAGCUUUGAUUGAUAUUCUAAAUGAGGAAAAUUAA